CUGGCCUCGGCGGCGGCGGCGGCGACCCGGCGAGCCGCGGGGAUGCUGUGGCCGCGGCUGGCGGCGGCCGAGUGGGCGGCGCUGGCCUGGGAGCUGCUGGGCGCCUCGGUGCUGCUGAUCGCCGUGCGCUGGCUGGUGCGGCGGCUAGACAGGCGGCCGCGGGGCCUGGGCCGGAGCGGGCCCCCUGAGCCACCGCCCCGCGCGGCCGCGGGCCCAGCCCCCGAUCCCGGUGAAAUGACAAUGGAUACCAUCUUGGCUCGACUAAAACUCCUGAAUCCAGAUGAUCUUAGAGAAGAAAUUGUCAAAGCUGGAUUGAAAUGUGGACCCAUUACAUCAACUACAAGGUUCAUUUUUGAGAAGAAAUUGGCUCAGGCUUUAUUAGAGCACGGUACAUUGCCCUCACACCCUCCCAACCAUGCCACUGCAGGGGCUCCAGCCCUGGGCAAGGACACACAGAGAAUUGUGAAGUCUGCGGUAGGGAGCCCAGCUGAGCAGGGCAGCUUUUCUGAAGACAGAGAUUUUGGUUAUAAUGUGGGCUUGAAUCCUCCGGAGGAAGAUGCCGUGACAUCUGACACCUGCCCAGUGCCCUUCAGUGCCUCGGCCGGGGUGGGCAGCCACAGAGCUGUGCUGCGGGCCUCUGCAGAACCACCUCUCUAUUACGGGGUGUGCCCGGCAUACGAGGACGCCCCUGCGAGAAAUGAAAGGAUUCACGUUUACGAAGACAAAAAGGAAGCCUUGCAAGCUGUCAAAAUGAUCAAAGGGUCCCGAUUUAAAGCUUUUACGAGCAGAGAAGAUGCUGAGAAAUUUGCUAGAGGGAUUUGUGAUUAUUUCCCUUCUCCAAGCAAAACCUCUUCACCACUUUCUCCUGUGAAAACAGUGCCACUCUUUAGCAAUGGUGGGUUAAAAGAUGGGUUGUACUUGUCUGAGUCAGAAACAGCAAGCAAAGAGCACGCGAACAGUUAUAAAAAUCCCCGCACACAAGAUCUCACUGCCAAACUUCGGAAAGCUGUGGAGAAGGGAGAGGAAGACACCUUUUCUGAGCUUAUCUGGAGUAAUCCCCGGUAUCUGAUUGGUUCGGGGGACAACCCGACUAUCGUACAGGAGGGAUGUCGGUACAAUGUGCUGCACGUUGCUGCCAAGGAGAACCAGGCUGCCCUGUGCCAGCUGACCCUGGAGACGCUGGAGAACCCUGCGUUCAUGCGGCUCAUGUACCCGGACGACGAGCCACGCAUGCUGGAGAAGCGCAUCUGCUAUGUGCUGGACCUGUACCUCAACACCCCCGACAGAGUGGGCUACGACACACCGUUGCAUUUUGCUUGUAAGUUUGGAAAUGCAGAUGUGGUCAAUGUGCUUUCUUCACACCCUUUGAUUGUAAAAAACCCAAGGAAUAAAUAUGAUAAAACGCCUGAAGAUGUCAUUUGUGAAAGAAGCAAAAAUAAAUCCAUGGAACUGAAGGAGCAGAUUAGAGACUAUUUAAAGGGUCACUACUACGUGCCUCUCCUGAGGGCAGAGGACACGUCUUCUCCCUUGAUCGGGGAGCUGUGGUCUUCAGACCAGACGGGUGAGGUCUCUCACGUCGGCCAUGGUGGAGGCGGCCCCAGAGACCCCGUUCUGACCCUGCGAGCCUUCGUGGGGCCCCUGAGUCCGUCCAAGGCAGAGGAUUUUCGGCGGCUCUGGAAGACCCCACCUCGAGAGAAAGCGGGCUUCUUCCACAAUGUCAGGAAGUCUGAUCCAGAAAGAGGCAUUGAGAGAGUGGGAAGGGAGCUGGCUCAUGAGCUGGGGUAUCCCUGGGUCGAAUACUGGGACUUUCUGGGCUGUUUUGUUGAUCUGUCUUCCCAGGCGGGCCUGCAAAAACUAGAAGAAUAUCUCACUCAGCAGGAAGUAGGCAAAAAGCCCCAACAAGACAUGGGAGAGAAUGCAGCCUGUUGCCAGGAGGACACCUCAGCCCUCGGCCAGCACAGGAAGUGCAGCAAUUCCAUCUCUGUGAGGGCCUUUCUGGAUGAGGACGACGACAUGAGCUUGGAAGAGAUCAAAAACCGGCGAAACACGGCUCGAAACAACACGCAGCCCGCGGGGGCUGCUCACAGGGGCUCCGGGUGUGACGUCCUCCCCUUGGAGCAGAAGAUAGGCCUCAUAGAAGCCUCAGCCCCGACCAGUCCCCGCAGCAGCAGAAAUGGGUUUUGCAGCCCCCUGAGUGACGGCAAGACCCUGAGUGGGAAGAGGCCAGAGGCCCCGAGUGGGGAGGAAGCCCUCCUGUCACCUGUCUCCGGCCUGACUGUUGAAUUUGAUAAACUGAAAUUGCAGAAUCUGGAAAGUAGCUUUUCUAAGACAUCCAGUCCUAGUAAGAAAACCAGAGAUAAGAGGAUCCUGACACCCAGAGGGAGUGAGGGAGAUAGUGAAGCGUUAGCACCUCUUGCUGCUGAGGAACUCGGAGAUAGCCAAGGAAAGACCGAACUCGAAGUGUCAGCUGGCAUUUCCAACAUGUGCCUGGAUCCCGACAGCCCCGCACACGAGGCCCGCCACAGCGGCAGCUCGGAGCCCUCGGGGGCCCCCGCCUCCAAGGAGCCCGUCCAGAGGCUCUUCCUUUUUGGAGAAGAGCCAUCAAAACUGGACCGGGAUGUCCUGGCGGCCCUGGAGCGUGCAGACGUGGACCCGCGCCGGUACCCGGCCGUGCACAGGUGGAGGAGUGCCGUCCUGUGCUAUUCACCCUCAGACAGACAGAGCUGGCCCAGCCCCUCGCUGAAAGGGAAGUUGAAGUCUCAGCUGCUGGACGUCGGUGGCCCUCCUAGUGGCAGCCCCGGGAGAAGCAGCCCCGCCGGCGGCAGCCCCGCCGGCAGCAGCCCCGGGAAGCCCAGCCCCGCUUCUCACACCCCCGGCCUGGGCAGCCCUGGGCGCUAUAGCCCUGUGAACGGGGGCCACCUCCGCCGCAUGGCACGCCUGGCCCAGCUCGCCACCUUGUAGGGCCCGCACACUGCUGGGGCUCUUGGUCUGUUCUUCGUAUUUUGUUGUUGUUGUUGUUUUUUAAAAAGAAAGGUAGUGUGUUUGUUGCUAAAAUUUCACCAAAAAAAAAUAUUCUGAUUAAUUUAUCAGUCCUCAUUUAGAAGGUAAAAGAAUUUUAGAAAAUGCAGAUGUUCUGUAUAAAAUUUGGCUUUCUGAUAUUUCGAGAGAAGUUGAUGAAAGCAAACUCGGACACAAAUUUUCUGAAAACCGUCCACGUGGUAACAGCAGGCUUGUUAGCCGCCCCAGGUGCACACAUAACAGAAGAGGGCGCCAGAGAGGCCAGGGUGCCCUGCGGGCAGUAGCCCCCUAACCCCAACAGGAGCUGUGCUCACUUCAGCUCUAUUCCUAAAACACAGGUGAAUUUUGUGCCUCUUCCUUUUCUGGGGAGGGUCUUUGACUUUGUAGUUUGUGACUGAAAGUCCUUUCUGUUUUGCCAGUCGACCCCACUGGUUAGACAUUGGCGAGGUGGGGGUCCAGGAUGUGUCAGAGACUUGCAGUGACACAUAAUUUGAGUCACUUAAAUGAGUGACUAGAAGAUGAAACUAGCUUUUAUAUCAGAGAAACUGUAGCCAUUGGGAGCCGUGCAGUCACACAGAACUCACCAGAAGUCACUGGAAGGUGUUUCCUUUUUCACCAGCACUUGGCCUUUCACAGUGCACCGUAUUUAGCUGCCAGUGCAGUGGUAAUAAAAUAAUCUGAAAUUUGUUCCCUACUUUUGAAAUGUACCCCGUAUUUUAUGAUGCAUUUCAGUUGGAUUUGCUUUAUGCAAGACCAUCAUGUUUUGGUACAGAAAUGAAAGGCUUACUUUGAAGGACAUCUCUGAUCCUGGCUCCGUCCUUUAGUGUGGCCUGUCUUCCCUUCCCCUGGCUGCACCUGCUGGAGGGUCUGUGUGCCUGGAGUUUUGCAUGCCGGGGCGGCUGGGGCGCUGCAGCCGAGCAGAGGGCUGUGUCUCUGCGCGUGACCAGCGAGUGCCACACCAGUGUUCUGGGGACUUUGCCAGUGUUUGAUCCAAAGUGAAAACUACCAAUGCGUCUGCUGACUUCAGUGCCUUUUGUAAAUCACUUUUGAUUCUCCUGAACUUACUUUUUGAGAAUAUACAGUGAUAGGAAGUAGACAUAAGUGAGAUUUUUUCAUUUGUAAAAAUUCUGAAUUGAAACUUAUGGGGGAGAAAAAGCUUAUUUCUUUCACAUGAUAACAAGGGACAAGUCAGGAAUAUAGGAACCAAGAUUUAGAUUUUGAAAUUCAAAAGGUUGUUACACAGGGUGUCUUCGCUUGUGUAGCAGACGACCUAGAUAGAAGAAAAAUACAUUCUGUUCUAAAAACCAAAUGGCAUUUUUUAAAGACAUCUGAAUUCUCAAAGAAAUCAGAACACAGACGUAUUCGUAGUGAUGAUCUGUCCUCUCUAAAAUUUGACUAUGCCGUCCUGUACAUUGUUGUAAAUAUUCAGAUGGAAAUUAAAGUGGUGAUUUGCCCUUAUUUUGCAGACUGCUGUUCCUGUUUUCUGAACUUCAGGCCUCCUUUGACUAUUUCUCAUUUGUUUAUAUACGUUGGCCCUGGUUCCACUGAAUACAUUAUCAUGUGUCCUAUGGUGAUUUUAUGUCUUUUUAAAACUACUUAAUGAAAUAAAUUAUUUUUAAAGCCAUGUGGUAAUCAUUCUAAGCUUUC